AUGAUGAAACUAACAGUCUUCAUCCCCCUAACCACAUUCAUCGCCAUGACGGCCGCCAUUCCCGGCGUGAGUCCGUGUCUACAACAAUGCUUCCUCGGAAUGGAAAACAUCGAAUACUGUCUCGAUGAUCAAUGUCCAUGUGGAGGGGAUGAGGAGUCGAGAUCGCUGGUUUCGCGAUGUAUAAAUUCCAGGGGGAGUGAGUUGGAUUCGAACAACGUGCAACGGUUAGAGAAAAUCGCUCAUGGUUGA